GUUUUAGGUGUUGGAAUCUUGCUAAACAUGCAGAACGACGCCGGAGAAAGCGUAGAUAUGUACAUCCCACGAAAAUGCUCGGCAAGCAGCCGGAUCAUAGCAGCAAAGGAUCAUGCAUCUGUUCAAGUCAACCUGGCAGAGGUGGAUGAAAGUACAGGGCGCAUGACUGGAGCCUUCAAAACCUAUGCCAUAUGUGGAGCUAUCCGGAGAAUGGGAGAAUCAGAUGACUGUCUUGUCCGGCUCUCUAAGAAAGAUGGAAUUAUUGCAAAGAACUACUGAUGUUUCCCUGGAAGGAAAACAAUCAACAUGAACAUUUCUUCUACAUGAAUAAAUCCAUCUAUUUGAUGUCAUAGGUCUA